ACCCCGGAGCAGAUGGUGCUCUGCUUUGCUUCGCCCAGCGGUGACAGACAGGCGCUCUCAGCCAAUGGCCUGCUGGGGAAUCAGCUGACUGGUCUGGAGAGCGCCAGGUGUUUUCGGUUCUCUUGGUUUUUUUUUUUCGCUUUCAGUCAUUUUCUCCCACAUUCGCAGAGAGAGGCGCAGGCGGCGGCUGUGCGGAGGAGAAACAAACCGCAGGGUCGCGGCAGGUCGGAGAUCUCUGCAGACCGCAUCAUGCGUGCCUCAGAGGCGCUCGGAGACUGAUGGGAGACGCAGGAGAGACCUCGCUAUAAACAGCCGCUGUUGGAAACGGGAAUAAUGUGUCAGUGCGUGGUUUGGUGAGCCCUUUCACUUGGAGCUUUCUGGUUUUUGGAUACCUGGAGGAAGGAGCUGUGGACUGGAAUACCAACAAGAUAAUCCUUUAACACCAGGAACCUUUGCUUCACUCCUCACCUGGACUCUGCCGGAUCUGAUUUCAUGGAACUGAAGGCAUAAUUGGUGGAAAGUCUGGUUGAUGUCCUUUGCACACAUUUUUCUAAAAUCCUUUGGCCACCCUCCUGAACAUUCCCAGCAUGGCUAGAUGGAGGUUAAACAGCCCUCCUCAGGUGCUUGCUGGGCUGCUGCUGGUAUCUAUAGGAGUAUCAUAUGUCCAGAGCAAUGAGUGCCCCCAGCUGUGUGUGUGUGAGGUCCGACCUUGGUUUACCCCUCAGUCCACAUACAGAGAAGCCAUUACUGUGGACUGCAAUGACCUUCGCUUAACACGGAUCCCGGAGAACCUGUCCAGUGAAACCCAGGUGCUCCUAUUACAAAGCAACUACAUUGCCAGAACCAGUGAGGAGCUAGAGCAGCUCUUCAACCUAACAGAACUGGACCUUUCCCAAAACAACUUCAGCACAAUUCGAGAUGUUGGUCUCACCAACAUGUCCCAGCUCACCACGCUACAUCUAGAGGAGAACCAGAUCACAGAAAUGCCAGAUUACUGUCUACAGGAUCUAAGCAACUUGCAGGAACUCUACAUCAACCACAAUCAGAUCAACAUAAUUUCUGCCAAUGCUUUUUCUGGACUUCAGAGCUUACUCAGGCUUCACCUCAACUCCAACAAGCUCAAAACUAUCAACAGCCAGUGGUUUAAAUCAACUCCCAACCUGGAGAUCCUUAUGAUUGGAGAGAACCGUGUUGAUGGAAUUAUGGACUUUAAUUUCAAGCCACUGGGUAAUCUGAGGAGCUUGGUUUUAGCUGGGAUGGAUUUAAAAGACGUCCCUAGCAAUGCCUUUGUAGGACUUGACAAUCUUGAAAGCCUCUCAUUCUAUGACAACAAGCUGGUCCAAGUACCUCAAAAGGCCUUUCAGAAACUACCCAACCUAAAAUUUUUAGAUUUAAACAAAAAUCCUGUGCACAAGAUUCAGGAGGGGGAUUUCAAAAACAUGCUCAGACUGAAGGAGCUGGGUGUUAACAACAUGGGGGAGCUGGUUUCCAUUGAUCGUUAUGCUUUGGAUAACCUUCCCGAGCUCACGAAGCUGGAGGCUACAAACAAUCCAAAAUUCUCUUUUAUCAGCCGUCAGGCCUUUCAUGAUGUGCCAGCUUUAGAGAGUCUAAUGCUGAAUAACAAUGCACUUAAUGCCCUUUAUCAGUCUACCGUGGACUCUCUCCCAAAUUUGCGUGAGAUUAGCAUCCAUAGCAACCCACUGCGCUGUGACUGUGUUAUCCAGUGGAUGAGCUCCAACAAAACCACUGUCCGAUUCAUGGAACCCUUGGCUAUGCUUUGUGCAAUGCCACCAGAGGUCAGGGGGAUGAGUGUGCGCGAAGUCUUGCCGAAAAAGUUAGCAAAUCAGUGCCUGCCAAUUAUUUCUCAUGAUACAUUCCCUAGCCACCUCAGUUUGGAAAUUGGCAUGACGUUGGACUUGGACUGCAGAGCCAUCUCCCAGCCUGAGCCUGAGAUUUAUUGGGUGACACCAAUGGGAAACAAGAUAAUGGUUGAAACUGUAUCUGACAAGUACAGCCUCAACAAAGAGGGAACGUUAAGAAUUUCUCAUAUCCACGUUGAGGACUCUGGCAGAUACACCUGUGUAGCUCAAAACUCAGAAGGGGUAGACACGAGAGUAACAGCCAUAAAGGUGAAUGGCACCCUGUUGGACAGCACACAGCUCAUGAAGAUCUAUGUCAAACAAACAGAAUCUCACUCCAUCCUUGUCUCCUGGAAAAUAAACUCAAAUGUAAUGUCCUCUAACCUCAAGUGGUCAUCCGCAACUAUGAAAAUUGAUAACCCACAUAUUACCUACACUGCCAGGGUUCCGGUGGAUGUCCACGAGUACAACCUCACUCAUCUACAACCAGCAACUGAGUAUGAGGUGUGCCUCACUGUCUCCAACAUCCACCAACAAACGCAAAAGUCUUGUGUGAAUGUGACGACAAAGCAGGCACCCUUCGCAGUGGAAAUAUCUGACCAAGGGAUUAACACCGCUUUAGCAGCCAUCAUGGGAACCAUGUUUGCAAUCAUCAUCUUGAUUUUACUCGGUGUGUACAUGGCUAAGAGGUGGAAGAGGAAAAACUAUCACCACUCUCUCAAAAAGUAUAUGCAGAAAACCUCAUCCAUACCGCUGAAUGAGCUGUACCCGCCUCUUAUUAACUUGUGGGAGGCAGACAGUGAGAAGGAGAAGGAAGGCGCCUCAGAGGCCAAACCUAGCCAAGUGGACACAACACGUAGCUAUUACAUGUGGUAGAGAAGCUUUCCGGUGAGGAGUACAUGGACAGGAUUGUUUCAGUAGCACAAAUACACAUACUUGCUUCUUUGUGUAAAGUGAACCAAUAUUUUUUUUUUGCAUCUUAUUCUUCUGUAAUGAUCAUUUCUUUCUUUGAUGCUCUUAGACUGCAGCAACCAAUGAGACACUUUCAGAUCUCUAAAUUAAUAUUCUACUUUUCUUUUUUUUCCCACUUGUUUUGACACUCAGUGUAACGGAUUUGAUAAGCUUCCUGAACUUGGUAGUCACUGUGCUUUAUUUUUACUUUGAUGAGCACCACAUGAGCAUCAUCACGGAUUCAGUGUGCAGACAUAAAGUAAAACGCUGAAAUCCAAACAGUUUUUGAGACGUUUCUCUGGCCGAACUGUUAAAGAGACUCAAAUUGUUCUUUUUAUUGUAAAACAGUUUCACUGUUGACUGUUGUGCACUGACAUUUAUAUAUAUAUAUAUAUAUAUAUAUAUAUAUAUAUAUAUAUAUAUAUAUAUAUAUAUAUAUAUAUAUAUAUAUAUAUAUAUAUAUAUAUAUAUAUAUAUACACACACACAUAUAUUUAUACACAUAUAUAUACACACUAAUUUGUUAAUCAACCCAAAUGUAAGCUGAUAAAUUACAUUUAGAACUGAACUAUUGUCUAUGGGAUAAUGUUAGAAAUACCCCUGUAAUGUUGUAUCGGCUAUGAUUUAAUUUUUGUACGUUGAAAUAACAGUAUGUUUGGUUUAGACUUUGCAGAGUUCUUUAAACCAGCAAUAGAAACAUGAAUGUUGUAAACUAGAUGAAGUUAGAUGUAUGGCUUUUAUAAAAUUCUUAAAAAAUUUGGAUUCUUAUUUUGCUAGAAUGUCUACAAUCACUGGUUUUGUUGUGGUUUACACACACAGACAUGUUGUUUAAUGAGGAGAAACUUCAAUAAAAUUUUCUUUCCUCGGA